AUGGAGACGAAUUACGUCUACGCCUCAGUAGACAUCGAGAAAAUCGGCCCCUCCCCACGGCGGUGCCUCCGCCGCCACCCACCAUCCCAAUCAUCGUUGUCUUCCUGGACUCAUCUCAAAUUCACAUUCUCCUACCAAGUCCACCACUUGCUCGUCCACCAACCGGAAGUCGGAACCCCGACCCUCCUCCGCCGCUCAUCCGACCCCGCCGUUUCCAGAUCCCUCUGGCUCGGUACCACCGGGGCGUUCAGUAAACGCCCCCACGCGCUCUACGAAGACAUCGCCUCAGUCUGGUGCUCGCUCGGGAUAGACGAGCGGUUCCACCACCAGCUGUUCGAGAAAUUGGUCGCCGAAGUCCGCGACGCAGCGGAUUGCGUUUCCCCCAAGCUUAUGUUUCUGCCGCUCCGCGUCGCUGUUGUGAGGGAUCACCUGGUUUUGCUAGACGACGGCGACCCGAUUGCGGAUGUUGGCGAGGAAGAGGAGGUGGAAUCCGUCUGCUCGGUCGAUUUCACACCUGAGUAA